UUCCGUGUGAGGUAGUGUAACAGCCGAAGGUGUGGAUUUUUUUGUCUCGUGAAACAAACACUCCUUUUCCCUUGUCGUCGCGUUGGCGAGCGAAAAGGAUUCCAGAAAAGAGAGAACCGGCCACCCAAAACAGAAAGAAACCAGCAAAUUGACAAGAAAACCGGGAAACGAUGGUGCACCAGCCCGCCGAGAGACGCGGGUGAAGACCACCUCGGGAGCCCAGGUACGCCUCGUGCUCCAGAGAAGCUGUAGAGCAGAACCAGGCAACGGCUGUGACGUUCCCGGCUGCGCCUCGAGUGACGUCAUCACUUCUGCCUGAAGAUUGCGACUUCCGGCAGAUGAACUUAAGAAGUUGCUUGGCUCUGUGACCCUCCCCCCCUCCCAAGCACGAACCAAGAAGCCAAAAUAAGAAAAAGGAAGUAAAAAAAAAGGCAGGGCGGACUCCCCUCGCGCCCUGAAGAUAUUUCGCGAAUACUUCCAAAACGGCGGCCAUGUUUGUGUUCUUGGUUUUGGCGGCAAACGCGUGGCUGGCGGCGGCGCAGGUCCCGUGCGCACAGCUGAGCGAACAGCUGACAAUCCCUUGCACGUGUUCUGCUGUUGAUAAUGAGAUCUUUAUUGACUGUGACAAUGUGGCGUUUACAGGGGACUUCCCUCUGCUUCCCUUCAGGAUGAACAUCGUGGAAUUCACGCAGAGGAACGCGGGAAUCCAGGCUCUUAGGGGUCAGUUGUUCACCGCCUCAGACCUGCCGUUGAGGAAGGUCGACUUCUCACGCAAUGCCAUCCGUCGCCUCAACAAGGAUGUCUUAGAAGGCAUCGAGGACGACCUGCUGGACCUCCGCCUCGACCACAACCUCCUCGGGAACAGCUACAACCCGAUCUUCGCCUCGCAAGAAAUCGCCAAGCUGACGGCUCUGCAGACGCUGAACCUCGGCUACAACCACAUCAAGGAGCUGGACACCGGCCUCCUCACCGCCCUCAAGGAUCUGCAGGUCCUCCACAUCGAGGGCAACAGCUUCCUCUCCGUUCCCUCGGCCGCGCUCAAGGGCCUCGACAACCUGAAGGUGCUCACCCUCGAGGAGAAUGAUAUCGACAACAUCAGGAAGUCCUCCUUCGCCGCCACGCCCGGCCUGGUCUUCCUCAACGCCUCCCACAACAGGAUAGUCAACCUCGAGGAAAACGCUUUCCAGGAGUUGGCAGAGCUGGUCACCCUCGACCUCUCGUUCAACAGACUAUCCAGCCUGAGAGCCGGCGCCUUCCGGGGGCUCGAGAAGCUGGAGGAGCUGGAUCUCUCCUCGAACUUCCUGACGGAGGUUCCCGCCGACGCCCUCAAGGAGCUCGCCAGCCUCAGGACGCUGGUGCUUCACGACAACCUGAUCCAGACCCUCGGCGGCGUGGUGGCUCUCGGCCCCAUGGUGAGCUUGCAACAGCUCGACCUGACGAGGAACAACAUCGGCGAGCUCCCCACGGGCACCUUCAGGCAGCUCACCGGCCUCAAGACGCUCAAAUUCGCCGUCAACUCCAUCAGGAAGGUGGGACCCUUUGAAGGCCCCCGAUCCUUUGGGGCGUCCCUGGACGACGACAACAUCCUGUCCAUCCCGUGGGUCGCUCUGGCAAAGGUGCAGAAGCUGACGUCGCUCACCCUGGACUACAACCGCGUGGGCGUGAUCUCCUCCAGCAGCCUGCAGACGGUGACGGGCCUCCACCGCCUCUCCAUCGCUCACAACAUCAUCCGCGAGCUCCCGCAGGGCACCUUCACCAACUUCACCGACUUGCAGAGCCUGAACCUGUACGGCAACAAGCUCCAGAACCUGAUCCCCGAGAGCCUGCUGGGUCUGCGGGAGAGCCUAAAGGAGCUCAACCUCGGCCUGAACCUGCUGAGCGAGUUGCCGCAGUUCGACUUCCCGCUGCUCGACACGCUGGUGCUUUCCAGAAACAACAUCAGCGCCCUCCCGUCCGACGCCUUCGUGCUCCUGCCCGAGCUGCGCACGCUCGACCUCAGCCACAACCACCUGACGAGCCUGCCCGUCACGCUGCUCCACCCCGUGUCCAAGCUGUCCACGCUCGACCUCAGCGCGAACCGGAUCGAGGAGAUCAAGGCCGGCCAGUUCAACGAGUCGUUCAUCAACGUGAUCAAUCUGCAGCACAACAAGAUCAUGGAGAUCCCGCGAGAUUCCUUCAAGGACUUGCUCUUCCUGCACACUCUCGACCUGAGCCACAACGUCAUCAGAAGCGUGGGCGAGGGGGCGUUCCUUAACAUUCCCCUUCUGCACAUCCUGCGCCUCAACAACAACAUGCUGCCGUCCUUCAAGCAGAAGUACUUCCGGCUGACGAUUCCCGCAGAAGGCACCGAGCUGAGGAUCCUUGACCUGAGCCACAACGACAUCACGUUCCUCCAGCCUCAGGCCUUCCAGCUGCACCCGAAGCUCGCGUGGCUCAGCUUUGCCCACAACCGCCUGUCCUUCUUCCCGGCCGAGAUCGUGCUGGAGUUGGCGCAGCUCGAGCACCUUGACGUCGAGAGCAACGCCAUCAAGACCCUUGAGAGCAGCGACUUCGCCAACUCGCCGCGCCUUCGAGAGCUCAACCUGCAGAACAACGGCAUCGAGACCAUUGCUGAGACGGCCUUCCAGAAUUCCACUCAGCUGCAGGAUCUCAACCUGAGCCACAACAACAUCGAGCAGCUGCCCGCGAACGUGUUCUUUGGCAUCGCGCGGCUGCACCUGGACCUGAGCCACAACAAGCUCUCCUCUUUGCCGGAACUGAUCUUCCAGAGGACGAAGAUUGAGAAGCUUCAGUCAGUCAACCUGGCGCAUAACCUGUUCACCCAGGUACCGGUCAACACACUCCGGCAGCAGUACUUCUUCCUCAGUGACCUCAAUAUGUCCAACAAUAAGAUUGAGAGCGUACCCAGCAAUGCAGAUAUUUUGGUGAAUAUCAAGAAGCUCGACCUGUCAUACAAUCCGCUGAAUCAGGAAGCCAUUUUCAUCCUUCUGAACGAACCCAAGACAGUGAGGCACCUCAACCUGGCUGGCACGAAUGUAACAGAUGUGCCAGUCAUUGAAGCUCGCUUCCUCUUGUCACUCAACCUUUCUGACAAUAAUAUUGUAGAGAUCAAGGAAUCUGUGUUUGAGCUGACGCAAAAUCUACAGGUACUAGACCUGUCCCAUAACGAGAUUCCAAACCUCAGCUACGGCCUCGCUCGUGCCUCGCCCAAGAUCCCUGACCUGAGAGAGCUUGACAUCUCGCACAACCCUCUGGCAUACAUCGUCCGAGGAGAUUUCAACUACAUGGGCAACCUCGAGGUCCUGCGCGCGGCUCACCUUCCCCGUGUCAAUCUCGUAGAGCGAGCUGCGCUGACAUCCCUGCGCUCCCUCCGUGAGCUACAUCUCCACACCCUGCCCAUGCUGGCAGUGCUGGACGUAAGGGGCAUCCUCGAGGGUCUUCCGGGGAUGGAGGUCGUGGACAUUGAGCUGACCAGCAAAGAAGUUCAUGACCAGCUCCACCCAGCCUUUUACCCCCGUCUCAGGAGCCUCACCGUCCGUGGCCGCUCGGUGGAGGCGCUCUCUGCUGGAGCCUUCGCUGGCAUCAACAGUCCUGAGCUCACCAUCGGCAUCGUAAACACCAGCGUUAGCAACCUUGGCUCCAACAUCUUCUUCCCCGUGCCGAUGUCAUCCAAGAUCUCCCUCGAUGUGUCCCACUCUGGCAUCACGUCCCUGAGUCCGCAGUUCCUGAACACGCUGGACUCACGGCAGCGCCACCUGGAGCUCGAAGGCCUCACGUCCAACCCGAUCUUCUGCGACUGCAACACCGAGUCCCUCCGCCGCUGGCUGGUCGAGCGCGGUCCCAGCGACGCCCUCUACAACGCCUCCUGCUCGGCGCCCCCGUCCCUCGAGGGGGUCGUCCUCACCACGCUCAAGGAGGAGGAUCUCACGUGUCAGGGCCGCCCCACCACGACCACCACCGACCUCCCACUCUUCACCACGACUCGCCGACGACCCACGACCACCGACAACAUCAUCACCUACGAGGACAUGACGGGGCGCCCGAGCGACAGGCACAACGAGAUCGACGGCAAACUGAGCAAGCCCGCGCGCGCCGGCGGCCUCACCAACAUGGACACCGUCAUCAUCGGCAUCGUUGGCGGCGUCGUGGCCUUCGUGGCGCUCCUCAUCAUCAUCAUCUGCCUCAUCAGACUGCGCUCGGACGCGCAAUACCGCGGCGGCCCUCUGGCGGGACCGCUGGCCAUGCGGCAGCACGGCAACUGCACCUGUCUCAAGCCCCCGCACCCGCCUAGCAGCUGGGGGGGCUACCCUGGGCCUUACCCCACCCUUCCGCCUCCUGCCUCCUCGCGGGCCGGCACUCUCAAGAUGAUGCCCCCGCCCACCACGCCCAUCCCGCCCGCCUACGGCACGGUGGGCGCGCACAGCGGACGCAGCUACUACCCGGCCAACAACCCCUACUACAUGGGCUACCCUCCCGAGAGCGAACACGACCACCGAUAGUCGUUCCUCGCCGACCUAGACGACAUCACUGUGCCUGACGCCGCCGCGGGCCCCGUGCUCGAGGCGGACAACGUCUCUUACUCGACGAAAUAAGGAUUCUCUUUUGCCCCACAACGAAGCCCUCCUCCUUACCCUCGGGGAUGAAGGAAGCCAAACGGAAAACCAAAUCUCUUUAAAACGACAAAGAAAUGGAAAGUAGAAUAUUUGGAAAAAAAAUAGACAACGAAAGAUGAAAGAAUACUCUCACGAAAGAAAGAAAGAAA